AUGUCUGUUUCUAGUUCAGUGGCUGACGUAGAUGCUUGGAUUGCACAACUCCAAGAUUGCAAACAACUUUCAGAAAGCGAUAUCAAGAAACUUUGUGAUAAAGCGCGUGAAAUUCUUUUAGAAGAAUCCAAUGUACAGCCUGUUCGCUGUCCAGUCACUGUGUGUGGUGAUAUUCACGGUCAAUUUCAUGAUUUACAAGAACUGUUCAGAAUUGGUGGUAACUCGCCUGAUACCAACUAUCUAUUUAUGGGUGAUUAUGUUGAUCGUGGUUAUUAUUCAGUAGAGACUGUGACCUUAUUAGUCACUCUAAAGGUCAGAUAUAAAGAUCGUAUCACUAUUCUUCGAGGUAACCAUGAAUCUCGUCAAAUCACACAAGUCUAUGGUUUUUAUGAUGAAUGCUUAAGAAAAUAUGGCAAUGCUAAUGUCUGGAAGAUGUUUACUGAUCUGUUUGAUUUCUUGCCCUUGACUGCAUUGAUUGAAGAUCAAAUCUUUUGUUUACACGGUGGUUUAUCGCCUUCGAUUGACACACUUGAUCAAAUUCGAUCACUAGAUAGAAUUCAAGAAGUGCCUCAUGAAGGUCCUAUGUGUGAUUUGCUUUGGUCUGAUCCUGAUGACAGAUGUGGUUGGGGUAUUUCUCCCCGUGGUGCAGGCUAUACUUUUGGUCAAGAUAUCUCGGAAACCUUUAAUCAUAACAAUGGCUUAACUUUGGUAGCAAGAGCUCAUCAGUUGGUGAUGGAGGGCUAUAAUUGGACUCAUGAUCGUAACACGGUCACUAUUUUCAGUGCUCCUAAUUACUGUUAUCGUUGUGGUAAUCAAGCUGCUAUUAUGGAAAUUGAUGAACAUAUGAAAUACACAUUCCUUCAAUUUGAUCCUGCACCUAGAAAGGGUGAGCCACAUGUUACCCGUCGUACUCCCGAUUAUUUCUUGUAA